AUGACACUCCGAAGUUCGGCCCGAAGCGCUUCAAAGCAAAAAUCAAAAGAGGCUGACACCAGUGAUAAAGAAGUAACUGAGUUGAAAGAAACUGAUAAAAUAUUAAAGAAAGCUUCUUCAAAUGACUCAAUGAUAAUUCAAGAAAUAUCCAACCGUGAACCUUUAAGAAAAAACCGAAAAAAACUGAGAAAUAAAGGGAAAGGCAAAGCAAAAUAUAAUGAUAAUGAAAAAUCAACAACCGCCAGACAAAAAGUUAUUCAACACUCUGACGGGACUGAAAGUUUACUAGAAUCUAUUGAUUCUGAAUGGUUACAAAGUAAUGCUGAUAAAGGAAAAGCAAAUGAACCCAAUGAUGAAAUAGAAGAUGAAGACGACGAAGAAAUUUGGGAAGAAGUUGAUUUAUCACAAUAUCAAAGUUUUCAAAGUUUUCAAAGUUUUCAAAGUUCGCAAUCAAUCGAAUCAAUCGAUUCGCAAAUUAAUGACGAUUUAAAUGAUGAUUCAAAUGAAGUAAUUAAAAUAACCUUUUCGGCUCCCAAAAUAAAAUAUAAACCUCGAGGAAUAACCAAAAUUGAACGAGUUAUUCGACAAAAUCUUCAUAAAACUCAUUUGCUAACUUUACUCGCCCAUGGGAUAAUUCGAAAUCGAUGGUGUGAUGAUCCCAUAACACAGGCGAUGGCAUGCUCAUUGAUUGAACGUGACAUGUUAAGUCUUGUUGAUAAAGCUCUCCGACCAAAGGACAGUACUCGUGGUCAAUUAUUAAUCACCACAUUAAAAGAACUAUGUAAUUGGUGGAAAAAAUACUUUAUAAUUUCAAAACCUGGAUUACGAUAUCGUGAAUAUGACGAAUUUGGCGUUGAUGGUAUUGAUAAAUAUGACGAAAACUUUUGCGAAAUUCACACAUCGAUAAAAUCAUUUCGUAGAAGUCUUAAAAUGGGAGAAGGAAGUCGUGAUACAUCUUCUCAAUUAUUUGUGGCACUGUUAAGAUCUUUUGGGAUCCCAGCUCGAUUGAUAUGGAGAUAUAAAUUAUCAACCCAAAACAAGAAUAAUAGUAUUAGAAAAAGGAAAGAUCGAGAAGGUGAUGAUGAUGAAUAUAUCCCUUAUUUAAAAAAGGCAGCAAGUAAUUCACGAAAGUCACAACUUAACAGUUCAUUUCUCCAAAAAUGGAUGUGCGUUGAUCCAAUUCGUGCAAUUGUGAGCAGACCAAAAACUCUCGAACCUUUAAACAAUGACAAAAAUAAUGUUAUGGCAUAUGUGGUUGCAUAUGAACAAGAUGGUUAUAUCAAAGAUGUGACUCGUCGAUAUACAUCUCAAUGGGGAGCGCGAACGCGUAAAUUAAGAAUACCAAACAAUAAAGAUGGUUCUAAUUGGUGGGAUGAAGUAUUAGCAUAUUAUGCGCGUCCCUACGAAAGGGAACAAGAUAAAUUUGAAGAUGCGAGUUUAGUUUCAAUGGAAAUUUCUGAACGUAUUCCCACCACAAUUAAUGCCUUUCAUAACCAUCCAUUGUAUGCACUCGAACGACAUUUAAAAAAGUUCGAAAUAAUUUUUCCCAAAGAUAAAAUACUUGGACAUAUUCGUGGUGAACCAAUCUAUCGACGUAACAAUGUCAAGCAGUUGCACACUGCCGAAACUUGGUUGAAGGAAGGUCGACAAGAGGGAGAACAACCAGUCAAGUACGUAAAAUCUCGUGCAUAUACUUUAACAAAAAGAAGACUUUCAAAUAUGUCAUUAUCUGGAGAAGGAAAUGUACCAGAAUCUGGUUUAUACGGAGAAUGGCAGACCGAAGAAUACAAAUCGGAACCUGUCAUAGAUGGAAUCAUCCCCAAAAAUAAGUACGGAAAUGUUUAUCUAUUUAAACCUUCUAUGUGUCCACCUGGCGGUGUUCAUCUUCCAUAUAAUGGAAUUUGGACUAUGGCUAAAAAUUUUGGUUUUGAUUAUGGUAUAGCGGUGGUUGGAUUUGAAUUCGUAUCACAAAGAUGUAUUCCAGUAUUAAAUGGAAUCAUUGUAGCAGAAGAAUAUGCUGAAUUAUUGACCGAAGCGUGGACUGAACAUAAGAAACGUAUUGAAGAGAUAAAUAGAGAGAAAAAAUCUAAAGAAGCAUUUUCUCGAUGGAAAAAAUUAAUCAUAGGUUUACAAAUUCGACAGAGAUUAAAGGAAGAUUAUAUAACCCGAGACGAAGAAGAUUUAUCUUUGGAAUACCGUGAACAGAUUAUAGAUGAUGAAUAA